AUUCACCUGGGAUCCCCCACCCGGUGGUGAUGAUGGGGUUGAAGAGAAAAGAAGUACUGCAGUUCGGGGGAAGUUGAAGUGGGCUCGGGAUUGUUACUUUAUUCUUCCUGACUUCAACCUUCCUCGACUGCUUCCGGACUUCUUCCUCUCCGCCGGAGCUUCUUCCUACUUUCACUUCUGCCUCUCAUUGUCUCCUGCCUACCUCGAUUCCCUCAAUUCGCGCCUUGCAACCAGCUCCUUUGUUUGGCGAUGCCUUUUCGCCCGCUCUGACUUUGAUAGUCUCCGUUUCGAUCUACUGUCCGUCUCCGCGCCGCAACCAUGACGCGGGAGACUUAUCUUAAGCGCUCGCUCGGAACUCUAGCCAGACGAAUCAAAGAGUCGCGUGUGCUUCUCGUGGGUGCUGGUGGCAUCGGAUGCGAAUUGCUGAAGAACCUCCUGCUCUCCGGGUUCGGCGAAAUCCAUAUCAUCGACCUCGACACCAUCGAUCUGAGCAAUCUCAACCGCCAAUUCCUUUUCCGCUUCGAACACAUCAAGAAACCCAAAGCAUUGGUUGCGAAGGAAGUCGCCCACAAAUUCCAGCCCGGUGCGAAGCUUGAAGCAUACCAUGCGAACAUCAAGGAUGACCAGUUCAACGUUGACUGGUUUGCGACAUUUGAUGUCGUCUUCAACGCUUUGGACAACCUCGAUGCUCGACGCCAUGCGAAUAGGAUGUGCUUGGCAGCCAAUGUGCCGCUAGUGGAGAGUGGAACAACGGGGUUCAACGGCCAAGUCCAGGUCAUCAAGAAGGGCGUCACGGAAUGCUACGAUUGUAACUCCAAGGAGGUCCCCAAGUCGUUCCCGGUCUGCACUAUCCGCAGUACACCCAGUCAGCCGAUCCACUGUAUCGUCUGGGCUAAGAGCUACCUUUUUCCUGAGCUCUUCGGCAUAAGCGAGGAUGACUCGAGCGAGUUCGAUCACUCGGAAGAUGCUGAAAACUCCGAAGAGAUCGAGAAUCUCCGCAGGGAGGCUCAGGCCCUCAAGGAGAUUCGUCAAUCCAUGGGCUCCGAGGAAUUUGCGCAGAAAGUAUUCGAAAAAGUGUUUCAGGAGGACAUAGAUCGGCUACGAGGCAUGGAAGACAUGUGGAAGACGCGAGAUCCCCCGGAGCCUCUGGAUUUCCACAAGCUACAAGAGGAGUCUUCGGGCAUCGAACCUGUGGUCUCCUGCAAUGACCAGAAAGUCUGGACUCUUGCUGAGGACUUUGUCGUCUUCAAGGACAGUCUGGAUCGAUUGAGCAAGCGGCUCAAGACCCUGCAGGACACCACGAAGAGUGAUGUGAAGCCUAUACUAGUCUUCGACAAGGACGACGUCGACACCCUGGACUUCGUCGCCGCCACUGCCAAUUUGCGGGCAAGCAUCUUCAAGAUCGAUCCCAAGUCCAAGUUCGACACGAAACAGAUGGCUGGCAACAUCAUCCCAGCUAUUGCAACCACCAACGCCAUGACGGCUGGUCUCUGUGUCUUGCAGGCUUACAAAGUUCUAAGAGGGGAGUACGAUCAGGCUAAGAUGGUCUUCCUCGAACGCAGCGGUGUUCGUGCGAUCAACUCCGAUUCUUUGCAGCCUCCAAACCCCAAUUGUCCAGUGUGUUCCGUGACUCACGCCAGGCUGAAGAUCGAUCCUCAGCGCGCGACACUGGAAAACCUGGUCCAGGAUAUCCUCCGAUCGCAGCUGGGUUACGGUGAAGAAUUCUCCAUCAACACCGAACUAGGAACCAUCUACGACCCCGAUCUAGAGGACAACCUGCCCAAGAAAUUGACCGACCUCGGUGUCAAAAACGAGAGUUUCAUCACUGUCAUCGACGAAGAGGACGACCAGCCCCGCGUCAACCUCGAACUUAUUGUGCUCGCGACCGAGGCCUCUCAAUCCACAGAAGACCAGAAACCCGCCUCCCUGGAAUCUGUUCCCGACAUCCCUCGAAAGCCAAAGGCACCCGCACCCGCAGCCCCCGAGCCCGAGCUCGAGCCCGUCAACGGAGCAGGCAAGCGGAAGCGCGACGCAGACGAAGCCGGGCUCAGCAACGGCGACAACCCAGCCAAGCGAGUGGCAGCCAUGUCCAUCUCGGACGGUGACGGAGCCAAUCCUAUUGUCCUGGACGAGGCAAACGGCGGCGCAAUCCUGAUUGAUGAUGAUUAAAAUGAUACCAAGGUGGGUAGUUAAUUGGGGUUCGGCAUCUUCGACCAACAUAGUGAUAUUUACUAUUUGCUCUCUUGGCUUUGCAGAUCUGGCGCAUGAUUGAUUGAUUUGGGACUGUUGCUUUUGUGUUGUUCCUGUUUACUAUUCUCAUGUAAAAUACUUUAUCACGCUACUUUGCAUACACAAACCCCGCAUGAUCGGUUUCGAUAGAAUGGAUG